UAAUAACAGUUUUAUUGUGAAAUCAUUAGAUGCCCCGUCCCUCGCGCGCUUCGUCUGCAGGCAAGAUGAGAAUGAAGAAGAUUCUUCCAAUGGCAACGACUCUGGCAAAAGGCUUUGAGCCUGUGCAUGGCACUGGAGCACGUCAUUGUGUCAAGCCUUGGCCUGUCUCUCCCCACACUGAGAAGUUCAAUCGAUUGGUUCUCCCUCUUGAAUGUCCAGAUAAGCAGUUUGUGCUGUUUGUGGGCGACUCGCAUCUGCGUGCGUUGGCUGACGGUUACGUGAAGAUGCCAGACGGUUGCCUUUCUUUUGGGUUUCUGUCUACGCCUGGGGCGUCUGCCGCUGAGCUUCGCACUGAGUUGUUGAACGCAGACAUCGGUAGAACCCCAGACAUUGUAUGCUUGUUGGCCCCAAGCAACAAUCUUACGGCGACGCCCAGCAUAGAAACCGCUGGAGUUGCCUUCAACGGACUUCUGAGAGCUCCCUGCAGUCGAUGGCCUAAGGUGUUUGUGCUCGAUUUCCCACCCCGGCUGGCCAGUGAAUUGGCGCCGCAACAAUUCCUUAGAGAGGAAUUUCGUCGCGUUGCAGCAAAGAAUGGUGUAAAUUACUGCCUCACAGCUGACCGCUUUCCGCUGGAUUCACGUGCCUUGUGGAGUCAUGAUGGGAUCCACCUGAGUGAUGAUCUGGGGAUGCAGGUUCUCGCGAAGUUGCUGUGGCAUUUCUCUUAUCGGCAGCUAGAGGCAGCUUCACCUCUGCCUGUUACACCUCCGCCUGUGGUUCCUCCCAGGUCACCCCCAACAGUGAGAUCAUUGACUACCACCGUGGUUGUGAAGGGAGAAGUUUCACGUCCACGUCCUCUUGACCCCUUCAAGGAAACUGUUGUCGGACGUCACGGCAAGCGCAGCCAACCUGAGAACUGGGAUGCGCCUGAGGACUGGGAUCAGUCUUGCAUGAGGAUCCUUUCUCAUGAGGUUUGUGUACCACCCGUGGUCCUGCAGGAAUACCCUGUCGUGCUAAACCCUAUCCUGUUUAGCACUGACACGUUGGCUGCAAUAGAUCGCAUUGUUCCUUCCAACCUUGACAGCCCUAUGUAUGCUACCAUGGCGAAUCACACAAAGAAACGGAAGGUGGCACAUGGAACCACAGCUGUUGAGGCAUUUAAAACUCCAGCAACGAUUGCGGAACCUUCAAAGCUGCUACCUCCUCGACCUGUUCUAGAAGCUGCUGUACCAGCCACUCUCGAGGGCAGAGUUUUUGUGCAUUCAAGCAACUUUUCUCAACUGGAGGGGGAUGACAAGUCUCUGUGUGUUGAUGAGUGGCCGUUUCUUCAAACAGAGGUUUGUGAGAAGCUGAAGGUGAACCAGCCAACUGCUCAGGUUGUCUCUAGACAGAGGCAACAAGAGGAGCCAGCAGCUUGGGGGCCAAAAGUUGUGAAGGCCCAGGCUGAUAAACCAACAGCCAAUGAGACCAGCUUCUUGGGAUGUUCAACCAAGAUGACACACAUUGAGGACCAUGAGCAGGAUGAACCAGCACCUGAGGUCACUGCGAACAGUCAGCAGCAGAGCCCGCCUGAGGUCAAUUGCCAGCUUGAAGAUCCUCAUGCAACACGUGGCAAUCAGAAGGCACCCUGUGAUGUUGCACCUGCCAGAGCUGCUACAUCAAGUCAUGUGACUUAUGAGAACCCUGGGUGUCUUAAAGGAUCGUUUGAUCAGAGCAGCCACAUAUUUGGGGACACUGACAGUGACUCGGAUCUCUGUGUACUUUCUGUAACAGAUAGAAAUUCCCUUGCAGUAAACACGUCUUUUUCCCUUGAAACUGAGCAGCCUGUAGCAAACACUUCCAAAUGUGACACAACUGUAAACAUUGACAGUGAUCUUCCAAUUCACACAGAUGGUGCAUCAGAUGUCUGUUUAAUUUCUGUAACAGAUAGCCCCAAUAUAAUAUUUAAUGGAUUGACAUUAAGGGAAAAAAACAGGAUCUGCAACAAACUGAAUAUCGUACCAAGUUUAGAUCAAAAUAUUGUUGCACAAACCUUCGAUAUGGGACAGCCUGAACCAUGCAAAACAACACCCAUUGAAGGUGACGGUAAUUGUUUCUUUCGUUCUCUUUCGUCUGUUAUUAGUGGUUGCGAGUCACAUCACAAGGCCUUUAGAAAGGCUGUAGUGAAUCACAUCUCAAAUAAUCCACUUCAUUACAUUACUGAAUUUGCUUCUGUGGAGCAAUAUCUCAGGGACUCAAAAAUGAAAUAUGUUGGAUCUUGGGCAACGGUGUUGGAAAUACAAGCUUCUGCAGAUUUGCUCUGUGUUGAUAUUUGCACAUACAGUCAACAGAAAUGGAUUACGUUUACGUCAAACAUUGAGCCGAUUUUAAGAAAAGCUAUAUAUCUGAAACACUUCAAUGAACGCCAUUAUGAACCAAUUGCAUGUGUCAAAGAAAAAACCUCUCUUACAUGCUUUAGUUUAACUAGCUUCUGUGAAAUGUCACACAAAAUGUCCAAUGCAGACCUUGUUUCACCACGCAAAAAAUGUAGUGAUAAAGUAAAAAAUCUAAGAAAAAGGAAAAGAUAUGCUGAAGACACAGAAUAUAGGCAAUUUAAAAAGCUAAAAGCACAACUAAGAUAUUAUUGGGAUGAACAGUAUCAAGCAAAACAGAAAGCUAGCAGUAUCGAAAAAUAUGCUAAUAAUGAAGCGUUCAGAGAACAAGUAAAAAAGAGCAGUAUUGAAAAAUAUGCUAAAAUGAAGCGUUCAAAGAACAAGUAAUAAACAGCAGUAUCGAAAAAUAUGUAAAUAAUCCUGCCCAUUGUAACCAGGUGAAACAAAGAAUUGUAAUCAAAUACAGAGAAGACCCUGUCAUGGUC